ACAAACAUGGCGGCCCCCAUGCAAUCUUGAACACUUUUUUUAUGCAACAAGCUCGGUGUUUUAUUGCACAAACGCAAUAAGUGCAGAUUAUAUGGUGUUUAGAAAAUAGUUUGGGUUAAAAGAAAGAGAGAAAUGAGGAGUGCCUCUGGAAAAUCAUAAAAAAAUCUUACCAGAUCCCAUUAGAGGGUGCUCAAUCAGAUGUUGAGAAAGUGGAGUUUAGACACAUAAUGAAGCAAGAUGAAGCUUCAACUGUGCAGCAAUGCAUGUCUUCCAUUGCCCCCACAACGGAUCAGUUUGCCUCCAAGGGGGGCCAAAACAUUGCCCUGGGCUCUAGCAGUGGUCCGACCAAAACCUCAACGAAUGGUGACGUAUACAAGGAGUUUAUAUCCGGAUGGGGCGCAGCCGUGAUCAAUAUCUCACUGACCUUCCCUCUGAACAAGGUCAUGUUCCGUCAACAGCUGCAUGGGAUUCGAUCACACACGGCUUUUGAGGAGCUUAGGAAAGAAGGACUGAAGAAUUUGUACCGUGGUCUUCCUGCCCCUCUAUUACAGAAAACUUGCUCACUUUCUAUUAUGUUUGGUUGUUAUGAGAAAUACCUCAGGUUAAUAAGGCAGCAGGCACCAAAAAUGCAUGUGAUUGUACAACAAAGCACGGCCGCCAUUUUGGCCGGCUGUACCGAGGCACUCCUCAUGCCCCUAGAACGCACUCAGGUUUUACUAUUAGACAAAGCAUACCAUGACCAUUUUCAAAACACUUGGCACGCGCUCAGAGAGCUGAAGUCUUACGGAGUAUCCGAGUAUUAUCGUGGCCUGACUCCCAUUUUAUUACGAAAUGGACUUAGCAACGCUGUCUUCUUUGGGUUUCGGACUCGGUUAAAAGAGCAGUUCCCGUCAACGCAAUCAUAUGCCGUAAAUGCCAUAGAAGAUUUUGUCAGCGGUGCGUGCCUGGGUGCUUUCAUAAGCACAGUGUUUUAUCCGGUUAAUGUUGUCAAGACACAUAUGCAAAAGACCGUGGGAGGACCGUUCCCGGGCAUAAUCGCCACAGGGAAGGUAGUCUUUGAGGAGCGUGGUCGUGCUUGGAAGAAAAUGUUUCGAGGGGUCCAUGUCAACUAUACAAGGUCUUUUCUCUCCUGGGGAAUCAUUAAUGCUUCUUAUGAACUGCUGAGGAAACUGCUUCGUGCAGGGAAAGAUGAGGAAGAGUAAAUGAAUCAAAGGUUUUAUUUGUAUAAAAGGGAUAUGUUGAAUGCGAGUCCUGUGCCUUACUUCAAAAAGGAACUUUAACUGAAAGCUGGUCUGAGAUUAAGACUGCAAAUUGUAGUGAAUUUUGACGCACAAAAAUUAUUCUGUCAGAGUCCACAUAAAAAAAAACAACUUUACGGGUCCAAAACAUUAGCAUUUCUUACCUUUUGUAAAGCAGAGACGAAAUUCUCAUUCAAGUAUAUACAGAUUCACCUGAGGACUAAGAUUUUAAAUGUUACAAUAUAGACCAACUUUCAGCUCAAAUUCCCUAAUGAAAUCAGACCCUGGGUUUCAUAAUACAGUGUGUUCAGAAUUUAUGCAGGGUUGCCGAUUCAAGCACUCGAGAAAAAAAAUAUUAGGUCUCUUGUGUAACAUUGUUGAAAGUGAAAUGGCACUUGGAAACAUUGAGAAGUGAUAAUUACUAGUAUAGAGAAUGUGCAUAAAUGAUGUUUAACCUCAUCUGUCUCUACAUUUUUGCACCUCACAAGCUCUACCAAUAAAUGGAUGGCCUGUCUUACUUUGGUGCUGCCAUCUAGAGGAGAGGAACAGAAACAUUGCCCCCUGUGAAUUUUAGGUAUUAAUUUUACUCUAAUUAUUUGAGUCAUUUAUUCACCCAUUUUUGUGUGUGUUAAUGAUGUAGGAAUUUAUACAUAAUUUAAAUGCAUUUGCAAUUAUAUUUUAAAAAUAAUUAAUGUUUGAAGUAUAUAUAAAGUUGUUAUUAAUCUUAUUGUUUUUAAAAUACUUUUGUGCUCCUCUACCAUAUGCCUUCAUGUUUGCUGUACUAGUAAAUGGGUUAGGCAGGUGGCUUGCUCCAUCUGGAUUACAGAAGUGAUGGAAAUUUGCAAUGCAUCAAAUACAUAUAUAUAUAUAUAUAUAUAUAUAUAUAUAUAUAUAUAUAUAUAUAUAUAUAUAUAUAUAUAUAUAACACUUAUCUCUGCCUAUUGUUAUGCAGGAUUGUCUCAUGUAACACAGUCACAGCUAACACACUCACUGCACACCUAACACAACCGAUUUUGUUUUAUCUAACAUUCUGUUGUACUAACAGACCUAAUAUCUGUACCUCGCCACUCACUAACUGUGCCAGAUGUAUUAUUAAGUAUAUAGAAUGAUAUUAUUUUAGAUUUAAUUUGUGUUGAACAGGACUAUAUAUUUAAAAGGUAUUUUUCUCCAUCAGUUAGAAUGUUUUUAGAAAUUCUUUGUUGCAAGACAAUUAUGUGUACUAUAAAAGGAGUUGUUGAUUUUUAAAGCUGCCAGGUUUGACAAGUUGAAAUGUGCGUUGUUUUAAUUGCAAUAUAUUCAGGAGAAAGAAAUCCUUUUUCUGUCCAUUUAUGUGAGGUUUUCAGGAUUUAUAUAUAAUUUGUAAGUGCUGUCAUGAGUAGUCCAGUGUAAAUGGGUAAAGGGCAUGUGAGUACUGUUCAUUUAUAAAAUUUAAUAUUUAAACUUUGAAUGCCAUGUGUGACAUCUUGUCUUUGUAGAAUGAAAUCAAUUUCUUAAUUGUGAAUACUUCACAGAAUUUUAGUUAGUUUGUUUGUUAAUUUUAAUGUUCAUAAGUCUUAUUCAGAUCAAAUUUAAUACUUCUGACACCCAUUGUGUCUGUUUUAUUGUGCACAGAAGAGAAAUUCAGCAUAAUUUAAACUUCACUGCAUAAAAGUUGUCUGUAAUGAACAGUAAUGGACUGUAAUGCAAAGAACAGCAGAAUUUUUAAAUAAAUUUUAUUAGUAAUAUAGAAAGGUACUGUAGGUAAUUUUAACCCUGCCCUCGUGUUUGUUAUGGAAAGUUUUGUUUAGUGAAUAAAUGAUCCCAGGACAAAAUUACUGGGAGAUAACUUGAA